UGUCAAAAUAGAAUAUGUAAACAAGGCGAGCGCAGUUCAUAUCGUUCAUAUUGCACAAAAGUUAUAUAAAUUUUUGUAUUUCAAGUUAAAAGUAGAACAGUUAAUCAUUAAUAAUUAUGGCAUAUCGUAAAAUACGAUUUGCGUCAUCAUUCGCUCGGAACAAUUUGGAGUCUCUGAAGGAAAAGCGAGCUGCCCUUCAAAAUCGGCUUGACGCCCUCGAGUUCCCUGAAAAGUACAAAGGAACCAUCUGGGAAAAAUGGGCCAAAUACUGGAAGAAUCUGUUCAUCGAUUACAAAGAGGUUGUAAUUGACACCGGAAGAACCAUGCACCAGCGUCCUGUUCGCAGUGGAAUCUAUCUUACCCUACUAGGUUCCGGUUAUUAUUGCUGUGCCAAUAAUCCGGACGAAAGUGAUUUUCUGCAACGUUUUCGUAAUUGCGAAAACGAGUUAUCACUGGUUCAUACCAUCUGCCAGAAUCCGGAAACUGUCGCCCACAUUUUGUUCCUGCAACGAGCGUUCAACGAAGGAAUCAUUCGGCGGAUAUCACUCGGAGUUGUGUCCUUCAUCUGGUUGGACAAUUUCGAUAGAGGUGUAGCGAUAUAUAAGGCUAUUUGUCCGUACCUGCAGCCACGGUACUUGACGUUCUGGGAGCGAAUCAUCGAUGUGGGGUUCAACAACGAGUGGUGGAUGCUAAAGAAGAAGAUGGUGGAUUAUGAUGUCAACGAAGAGAACAUUUAAAGUUAAAUAAAUUUUAAAACAUG